GGGCCUUCACUUUCAGGCCCAAAGUUCUGAAGAUCUGAUCUAUUUAUAAUUAACGAUUCAUCCCUUGGCUGCAUUGCAAAACCCUAAUCUGUGUGUGUUCAAGCGGCGCCACUUCUCAUCGCAGUCUGAAAGACAAUGUCGACAGUCGGAGAACUUGCUUGCAGCUACGCUGUUAUGAUCCUUGAAGACGAGGGCAUUGCCAUCACUUCCGACAAGAUUGCGACUAUCGUGAAAGCCUCUGGUGUCGAGAUUGAGUCAUACUGGCCAAUGCUAUUCGCCAAGAUGGCUGAGAAGCGUAACGUCACUGACCUCAUCAUGAACGUUGGUGCUGGGGGCGGUGGAGGUGGUGCACCUGUUGCUGCUGCCGCACCCGCUGCUGCUGGAGGAGCCGCAGCUGCUGCCCCUGCCAAGGAGGAGAAGAAGGAUGAACCAGCGGAAGAGAGCGAUGGAGAUCUUGGAUUCGGCUUGUUCGAUUAGUUUGUCUUCCUGUUAUACACUUGCCAUGUUCUAUUGCUUUAGUUGGUUUGAGAUUUUCAGUUUUGCCAUUUUCGACAUUAAUACAGUUUGGUCCAUUUGUUAUAUCACGUUAUUGCCUCCCAUCUUUCUUGGUGAGGUUUAUGAGAGCUAUCUUGUCAAA